CCCCGUGUAGUGCAGUAAGUGUUGCAAAGAUUUAUAUUACUGUACGGAAGUGAUUCCGUUUUAGCGCAAUGUCCAAAUCUAAGCUAAACAAAGGCACCAUCUCAAAAGCGGAGCAACAAGCCGAGUAUCGUACUUUCAAAACAGUGUUCCUUUACUGCAUUUUGAUAAUCGUGCUCCCCGUCACCACGUUUUUCGCGUCCAAAUAUUGGCUUUUCGAUGGGUUUUUCCAAUUGACGAACGUUACCAGCAACAUUUAUUCGGCGGUGAGUGCAGUCGUCGCGCUGCACAUGGCAUUGUUUUUGUUCAUAUACAAAGCGUACUUCACCGUUGGUACCGAAGCGCCGGGUAGCAGCAACCGAGAUAAAGCAAGCCAGAAAGAGGAUUAA